GCCGGGCCCGUGUUUACACAGCGGCGGGCGGGCGCGGACGCAGAACCCGGCGCGGCGGCUGCGGCACGAUGGUCAUGGCGCAUUUCGUCGAGAAUUUUUGGGGAGAAAAAAAUAGUGGCUUUGAUGUUCUUUACCAUAAUAUGAAACAUGGACAGAUAUCGACAAAAGAGCUAGCAGAUUUUGUAAGAGAAAGAGCCACAAUAGAAGAGGUGUACUUCAGGUCAAUGACAAAACUAGCAAAAUCUGCAAGCAAUUAUUCACAACUUGGAACAUUUGCACCAGUGUGGGAUGUGUUCAAAACAUCUACAGAGAAAUUAGCUAAUUGUCACUUGGAUCUUGUUAGAAAAUUACAAGAAUUAAUAAAGGAAGUUCAGAAGUAUGGAGAAGAACAAGUAAAGUCUCAUAAAAAGACUAAAGAAGAAGUUGCAGGAACUCUGGAAGCUGUUCAAACCAUUCAGAGCAUAACUCAGGCCCUCCAGAAAUCCAAGGAAAAUUACAAUGCCAAGUGUGUAGAACAAGAACGUUUGAAAAAGGAAGGAGCUACACAAAGAGAAAUAGAAAAGGCAGCUGUUAAAUCUAAGAAAGCUACAGAUACCUAUAAACUCUACGUGGAAAAAUAUGCAUUAGCAAAAGCUGAUUUUGAACAGAAAAUGACAGAAACAGCUCAGAAAUUUCAAGACAUUGAAGAAACUCAUCUCAUUCACAUAAAGGAAAUUAUAGGAUCCUUGUCAAAUGCUGUAAAGGAAAUUCAUUUACAAAUAGGCCAGGUCCAUGAAGAAUUUAUAAAUAAUAUGGCUAACACUACAGUUGAAAGCUUGAUACAAAAAUUUGCUGAGUCAAAAGGCACUGGGAAGGAAAGACCUGGCCUUAUUGAAUUUGAAGAAUGUGACCCUGCUAGUGCAGUUGAAGGUAUAAAACCAAGGAAAAGAAAGACUUUUGGCUUGCCAGGAAUAAUUAAAAAGGAAAAGGAUGCAGAGUCUGUGGAAUGCCCUGAUGCAGAUUCACUUAACAUUCCUGAUGUAGAUGAAGAAGGCUAUAGUAUAAAACCAGAAGCAAAUCAGAAUGAUACCAAAGAGAACCAUUUCUACUCAUCUAGUGAUUCUGAUUCUGAAGAUGAAGAACCAAAGAAGUAUCGGAUAGAAAUUAAACCUAUGCAUCCAAAUAACUCACAUCAUACAAUGGCUUCCUUGGAUGAAUUAAAAGUAUCUAUAGGAAAUAUAACGCUCUCUCCAGCAAUAUCUAGACACAGCCCAGUGCAGAUGAAUCGCAAUUCGUCUAGUGAAGAGUUAACAAAAUCGAAACCAUCUGCUUCAUCCAAUGAGAAAGGAACCAGUGAUUUACUUGCUUGGGAUCCCCUGUUUGGUGGACUUUCUCUUGAUUCAUCUUCAGCUUCACUAACUUCAUCAACAUCAGCCAGGCCCACAACUCCUCUUUCUGUAGGCACCAUUGUCCCACCUCCAAGGCCUGCUUCCAGACCAAAGCUUACUUCAGGCAAACUCAGUGGGAUUAAUGAAAUACCCAGGCCAUUCAGCCCACCUGUAACUUCCAAUACCAGCCCACCUCCUGCUGCUCCUUUAGCCCGGGCAGAAAGUUCUUCUUCUAUCUCAUCUUCUGCUUCAUUGAGUGCUGCCAAUACUCCCACAGUAGGUGUGUCACGAGGUCCCAGCCCUGUCAGCCUUGGAAAUCAGGACACCUUACCUGUGGCAGUCGCCCUUACAGAAUCUGUUAAUGCCUACUUUAAAGGAGCAGAUCCUACCAAGUGUAUUGUGAAGAUCACUGGUGACAUGACAAUAUCAUUUCCAAGUGGGAUUAUUAAAGUCUUCACUAGCAAUCCAUCUCCAGCUGUGCUAAGCUUCAGGGUGAAAAAUAUCAGCAGACUAGAGCAAAUUCUUCCAAAUUCGCAACUUGUGUUCAGUGAUCCAUCACAGUGUGAUUCUAACACAAAAAAUUUUUGGAUGAACAUGCAAGCCGUUACUGUCUACCUCAAGAAACUAUCAGAGCAAAAUCCAGCUGCCUCUUACUAUAAUGUAGAUGUAUUAAAGUAUCAGGUAUCAUCAAAUGGUAUUCAGUCUACACCUCUAAAUCUUGCAACAUACUGGAAAUGUAGUGCUGGCACCACAGAUCUUAGAGUGGAUUAUAAGUACAACCCAGAAGCUAUGGUGAUGCCAAGUGUGCUUUCCAACAUACAGGUGGUGGUACCUGUGGAUGGAGGGGUCACAAACAUGCAGUCCCUUCCUCCUGCAAUAUGGAACGCGGAACAGAUGAAGGCCUUUUGGAAACUGUCUGGUGUUUCAGAAAAAUCAGAAAAUGGAGGUUCUGGGACUCUAAGAGCAAAAUUUGAUCUUUCAGAAGGACCCAGUAAACCGACAACACUUGCAGUGCAAUUCCUCAGCGAGGGAAGUACCCUCUCAGGAGUGGAUAUUGAACUUGUAGGCGCUGGCUAUAGGCUUUCCUUAGUAAAGAAGCGGUUUGCCACUGGACGAUACCUGGCAGAUUGUUGAUGGACGACCUAAGCAAAGUGGUUGGCUCGAGGGAGUAGUACAAACCUGCCAUUCUGCAUUAUCUGUUCUUUCAAACACUAUUCUAACUUGUAGUAUGUCUUUAAAGCGUAGACAUAUUUGAGAGCUGACUGUAAAUAUUAAAUUGCACCUUUGAAGUGAGUCAUUGAAAGAAAUAGCACUGAAAUUAUUUUCAACGCUGUAAAUGAUCAACUGCAAUAUUCAGGAAGCACAUUGAUUCAGAUUCUCAGUAAAAAGUUUUCAUAGGCUGAAAUUUUAAAUUAUCUUCAGUGUCUAUAUUGAAAAAGGGGGUUAUAGUAUAAUAUCAGGCCUAAAAUUUCAGGAAAGCAAGCACAAAGUAAUUUAGCUUUCCAUAAAUUUUUUAGUCAGAUAGUUUUAAAUUUCGUAAGUUUGAUGUUAAAUGAAUAUAAACAACAUGAAUUCUAAGUUUUGGAUAAUGUUAAUUUAGAACACUCAAUCAAAUUGAGUUAUGUGCCAUAAAGUAAUCAGACUACAGUCCGGGUUGUAUGCAAAAAAUUUAUCAUUUGAUUUUUUUAAAACAUAUAACUAUAAGUGGUGUUUUAUGAUUUUUUAAUCCUCAAGUGCAAUGUGUUUUAAAAUAAGCUUGCAAAAGACAGCAGAGAAAUUUACUUCUGCAGUUAACUUUAUAGAAGUUGUGAUUGUUUUGAUGAAUUAAUGCUGUAGAUUUAAUUUAUUUUUAUAUGGAUUGCAUAAUGUGUGCCUUUUAAAAUAACAAAAAACCAGAAAUGUGCCUAUCCAGUUUGUGUUCAUAAAUGUGCCUCACUUUUUUUCUCACAAUCUGGAUCUUCUGUUCAGAGUCUUAAGUGAUCAGGCAUUUUUACAAGAUAAUUACAAUUUUUAUAAAUAACUUUGGCGGGAAUUCGGGAUAAUUAAAUAAUUUAUACUUAAGAACCCUGGCUCACUUGUUUAGUGAAACACUGUAGCCACUAGAAAGACAAAGAGCUACCUAAUGGCUUAUGUUUACAGGGGAGAAAAAUUACCUUCAGAUAUUGGACCAUAACCUAUCAAAAGUAUGUAAAUCUUAAAUUCUGAAAAACUAAGUUCAAUUAGUAACUGGGAUUUUUAACUCUCAAUCUAACAUUUCCUUCUACUCUGUUUACCAUUGGGAAUUUAUACAUUUAUUUACUGAAUGUGUUGUGAGCAUGAAUUUUGUAGCAUUUUGUGAGGAACACAUUAUAGAAAAGAUUAGUUUUGGCAUUAGAGAAGUCUGCUAUUUGUUUUCAUUUCAACAGUUGGAAAAAUUACCAAUUUGUAUGUUUUUAAAGUAAUGGAUUGGGUUAAGCAUUUCUUAAACUACUAAUAUUAAAUAGUAAAAAACCUAACUUUAUGGCAAAUCCUAAUUAAUUGAAGGAAUUAAAUAUUUUGGACAAAGUUUCAUAAUUUAAAAUUGGAAAUUUUAUUUAUAAGGAUAAAUACCAGUGUCCUGCAUUUCGAAUAGUAGAAGUGAUAAAUUGUGUUAUAUAUGAUAAUUUAUAUAAAACCACUAAUUGUUCUCAUAAGCUUUACAGAAAAUAAAACUCCUACUAGACAUUUAUGUAACGUCUUACUAAAUAAAGCAGAAAAUCUACUUGUUAGCAAUAUAUAUAUAUAUGUAUACAUAUAUAUAUAACACAGUAUGUGCUUUUUAUAUAUUCAGUGUUAGCCCAAUUAUAAAUUUAGAUUUGACUAAAGUAAUACAUAAAAUAAUUUACUGAAAUGUUCAUCUUUACUAAAAAGUGAUCAAAAUUAGAAAUUCUAACUCAUAUUGUGCUCUUAAAUGCCAGUUACAGUCCCUUACUGAAAUCAUAACUGUUAACUGCAUUGCAGUCAAACUCCUCUUAUUGAGCCAUUGAAAUUCAGACACCAUUAUAUUUACAGUAUUUGUUUUUAAUUAAACAUUACCUUAAAAUGUACCAAUUAGUGAAAUGCUAAAAUUUCUGCACUUUCUUAAUUACCGCAAAGGGUCAAUACAUAAAUACGUAUUGGGUGCAGGUUACAAUUUUGAAGCCAUAUGAGUUUAUAUUGAUUUUGUUUUUCAUUUAAAACCCCACUAAUGUAAAAAAAAAAAAAAAAAAAAAAAAAAAAAAGACCAGUAGAUUUUCAUGGGAAAUGUAUUUAGCAAGCUGGUUCUUGCUUAUGUAUAGUGGUAAACUUUCUAGCUGUCUCUUUAACCAAGAAUUUGUAAACACAGAACUCUAACAAAUGUGAGUUUUUAAGAAUUGUUAUUUACUACUUUGAGUUGUAAUUAGAACAAUGCAAAUCUAUCUUACAAAAUUUUGUAAAUAUUUUUGAUUUUUUCAUAAAAUGUAAAUUUUACAUAAAAGUUGUACCAUUAAUAAACAUGUAAUAUAUAAUUUA